UUUGAUUGAGUUGAUUGGGCGUCAUUUCUGACCAAUUUAUUGGUCCGUUUGUUAGUGUCCCAGCCAUUGGAAAUACUGCAAUAAAAGACAUAGUAAAUUGACGUAAACAUGAACACAUUUCAAUGACGAGGUUACUGUUCGCCAAAGUUUCAGUUUAUUGACUCAUUAAUUUCAUUAGGGAAGAAAAUGUCAGGAUUUUUGUUAGUCAGUUUCAUGACGUCACGUCUUGUAACAGAUCUCAUCUGUACUAUUAAAUUGUCCACAAAUUGUUGCAAUGGCAUUAUCCUAAUUCGGGCAGCAAAACAAUUUCACGCAAUGACAACAUCAUGAAAGAAACGAAGGAUGUCAGAGAAUAACUUCAAUACUGGCAUGACUAUGUCAUCAGAGGCGCAACAGCUGCUGAAUAAUUUCUGGCCAGGUGUCAACAAUGAUGUCCGAAACAUCAAAAUGGAUCAUUUUAAGACACAAGCAUUGCCUUUGGCAAGAAUUAAAAAAAUCAUGAAACUGGAUGAAGAUGUUAAAAUGAUAAGUGCCGAAGCGCCUGUGUUGUUCUCUAAAGCGUGUGAGAUUUUCAUCAGCGAGAUCUCAAUGAGGGCAUGGGUUCAUACAGAAGACAACAAACGCAGAACACUUCAGAGGAAUGACAUUGCCAUGGCAAUAUCAAAGUUUGAUCAAUUUGACUUCCUGAUAGAUAUUGUGCCCAGAGAAGAUAUCAAGCCAUCAAAACGCCAGGACGAGCCCCGCAGUGGAGUUCUCCCAGAGCAGAUACAGUACUACCUGCAGAUGGCAGCACAGCAGCAGCAGCAGGCUCAGCAGCAGUCACAGCAGCAGCAGACGACCAUAGUGACUCAGCCCAGCGUCCAAACCUCGCAGAUAGCCCAGUCCAUGGCCCAGGCCAUCUCAACUCCACACUUACAGCUCGCUGGUGGUCAGAUUCUGCAGCAGCCCUAUCAGGUGGUCCAACAGGCCCAGGCCAGCAUACCGUCUAACCAAUCUCAGGUGAUCACAAUUCAGCCUCCACAGAUGCAGCAACAACAACAACAACAGGUUCAACAGGUUCAGGUGCAACAACCACAGGUGUUUCAACAGGUGGUCAAUCCCAACGGACAGGUGGAAAAUGUUCCUAUUCAGCUGACCCCAGAGCAGUUGAAGAUGAUCCAGAUGCAGCUACAGGGGUCGGCAGCACACAGUCAGCAGAUUAUCAUCCAGACCACGGGGGGCCAGCCAGUGUCUCGCUCUGGGCUUGUACAGGCUGACAACUCACACUACAGUCAGAACGUGUUUCAAGAUGGGCAGCCCGUGUAUUUGCAAGAUGGGGAUCAGGGGGACGGUUAAGGGGAUGAUAGCACAAAAAUUUCACUGUGUUUUGUGUUUGUGUGUAUGAUAUUGUAUAUAUUUAUUUGUAAAUAUGUUGCAAUCUUUUAUACUCCACUUAUCAGAUGUCUGGAUCUGUGGUGCUCGUGUUAUUUAAGGUGACUUGAAAACAUGCUUGUCAGUCUGUAAAUUAGUUGCUCACUAAGCUGCCAUCUUUGGGCACACUUUAAAGCAUAUUGAUAGAAAUUAAUGCAGAGUUUUAUUUGCUUGAUUUUUUACUCUGUUUGGGAAAAAAAAGUUAUUUGAACCUUCAUUUAAUGUUCCGUUGUAUUUAAAAUAAUAUAAAUUUAUGUUAAAUUUCUCAAAACUUUCUACAAACAUUCUCCCUGUAAACUUGCUAAUUUUCUGUUAAUUGCGUCAGGAUUUUUUGUAUUUGUUUUCAUCAUUUUUCAUCUUUUUUUCAUUUAAAAUACAUUCUAUCAUUGAAGUAGAAUGAGUCAAUUUGACAUAUAAAUAUACUGAAAUAGAAUUUGUUUAAUCUAUGCAAUUUGAAUAAGGUGUUAUAGAGUUUGCUCUGUUUAUUCAGAAACAAAUGAGAUGCUCUCUUGGAAACCGGACUUAAUGCAUGUGAAGUCCUCACUAGCUGAUCAGGGAUAAAAUGUUCUGCUUUCAUGGCAAUGUAUGUUUAUUGGAAGUUUCUAUUAAAUGAAAAGCCAGUCAAGGUGGAAAGUAAAUGUCCAUGAAUAGACUGCACAUGAGUUAGGCUUAGUUUUCUUAGAAUGUGACUCAAUUAAAGGUAAAGACAACCUGUUAUGAAUCACCUGUUAUGAAUCAAUGUUUGUAUUGCAAGGAUGAAAAACUGUUUAAGUAUUUCGUUUUAUCAAUUUGUUAAGCAGAAGCAUUAAAUUUAGUGACUAACGUCUCUGAGACAAUCUGGCUACAGUUCAAUUUAAAUAACCUACGUUGCUGUAAAGUAAUCCUGUCUCACAAGGAUUAUCUGUAGAGAUAAUAUAUUGAUGUAAACAUUGGAUAUUCUAUGUAAAAUACAUAAAUAUAUUGAUAGAAAUUUCAGGUCUUUAUCAUAUCAUACCAUAUCAGUGCUGUUUGCUUCAAAAGGCAGCUCUGUACUACGGGAUAGUUUGUGUUGACAACUGUUUUUAUUUUGAUUGAAAACAUAGACAGUUAGCAAGUAUUAUAACAUUUGUACAAUUAUGCAUAUAUUAAUGUAAGAAAUUAUCAUAGUCUGUUGUAAAAUUUUAAGUGUUAGUUGAUUAAUGCACUGCAAUUUUCAAAUGGAAGAGGCUAACAAGAAUUUCGUUUUUGUCUUCCUUGUUACUAUGUUUAUUCAGCUUCCAUGCUAGUUCUGAAUAAUAGCCCAAAGUUGAGUUGCUGUGUUGCACAGUGCUUGAAAUAUGUGAUUCUUAUGAAUGUAGAAGUUAUGUGUUCGCACUUGUAACAUUGCAGGCAUGUAUAAAAAGUAGAACUUAAAAGAUAUUUAUGAUAAUAGAGAUGUGAUGCUUGUAACAGUUUUAUGCAUGCUUGUCUUUAUUGUUCCUUAAGUAUUUUGUUAUCAGCUAUUUCGUCUAUGGCCGUAUAUUCCUUGCCUCAAACUAAUUUUAUAUGCAAAAUAGCAUUUUGAUCAGCAUGUAAAAUAUUGUUGGUUAAUAACUGAUUUUAAGCUCACCUGAGCAUAGCAUGCUUAUUUAUAGAUUUUCUGAUGGCCUUUUGUGAAGAGCGUCAUCCACUGUGUGUCAUCAAGAUUUGCCUUGUGAACACUCGAGAUGCUGCAUUUGUUGAUCACUUAUCAUGACAUUUUAAGAGCAUUUGUCUCAAUAAAAUCUCAACUGGUUACGAAACUGGGUCACUUGAACACAAAAUGGUACAAUUAAACAAAAGAGUUAUGAAUGGAGGGCACAUUUAUUGCUUCAGGAAAUAUGUCCCAAUGAUAGCUUGGCUGUGAUGGAAACUGGGUCACAUGGUGUCAAAAACAUGUCAUUUGUGAACAAUACAUUUGUCCAUUGAUGUCUCGGCAGAGUUUGAAACUGGAUCAAGCGGGGUAAAAACUUGACAAAUUGAAGAAAAAGCUAGUGAACACUGUUGCUGCAAUAUUUAUUUCGAAAUUAUCAUGAAGUCUGAUUUCUGCAACAAGUACAUCAUGGUUUCUGUCGUCUCAAAAACAAUUGCCACCAUGCAGCAAGACUUUUCCCAAUGUGAUUAUAGUAAUACAUUUGAACUCUCAAGUCUUAUUAUUUGACACACUCAUCGUAGAACUUGCUCACAACAUUCAAAAGUUGUGUUUGCAUGAUACAUUGACAGUGUCUAUGGUAUAAACUUGUGAACACUGCCUGCUCAAACAUUUUAAUUCCUUUAGGUCUCAGGUGAGCGCCUUUAGUUCUCUUGUAAUGCUGCUUGCUAUACCCUAGUCAUAUUAAAUGGGUACAAUAACAAUAUUCUCAAAUGUUUGAAUUUAUAAAGCUUCAUAUUGUCUAAAAUGGGAAAUCUCUUGGAGACUGAAGCUAUUUAAACAUAAUAGACCCCAUGUUCUAUUGAUAAUCCUCGAAUAGUAACCCAGAACUGACAGGUACCUUUAAUAUUUAUUAUCAGGCAAAAAUGUACUGGUACCGCUAGAUGAAAUGUCCUGUUGAAAGAAAUGUUAUGCGUUUGCCAUAUUUUUAUUCAUAUAAACAUUUCUAAAAAAAAAUAAGAACAAUAAAUAUUUUAUUAACUGA